CGCAUAACCCGCUUCGCGGAGUGAAAGCGUCAAAAUGGCUGCCAAUUAUUUCUGAGCAGCAAAUUUGCAAGUGAAAACAUGCCAGAGUUCUUCAUCAAACGGGUGAUUUGGCAUUAUUGUGUCCCUCAAAUCAGUGUAUAGUCUCUGGGGAAGUAUAUUCAAAAUAUCGAUGUAACGAAUAGUAAAGAUGACAGUCAAGAGGAAGGAUUUCCAGAAAACAGCUGCCUACCUCCAGGAGUUCUUGUUAAAACUCAAUGAGGAUGCGGAGUGUGCUGAACUUCGUGAUGCCCUCAACCUGGCUUUGCUACACAUGCAGAAAUACUACAGGGCAUUACAGAAUCGUCUCCAGGACAAUUUGAGCAAAAAUGGAAAUAACACGCUACGUUCAUCAGUACGUGGGCUGAGUCCCAUGACACCAUUCCGGGAUGCCCCUGACAAAUUCCAAUGGAAAUGGAUAGAUUUGGAGAACCCAAGAGUUUCCAUGAGCAUGACUUUUGAUGCUAGUUCAAGCUUGGGUAAUCUCCCUAUGAUAUUUCAUGCUGCAAAGUCAGGUGAUAAUGAACUUAUUCAGGAUUUGGCUGUGAAAAAUAUCAAUGUGAUAAAUGAUGUGGAUGCGAUUGGUCGUACGCCGCUGAUGUAUGCCGUCCAUUUUGAACAAUAUGAAUCAGUCAAAUGUCUAAUCAAUCUUGGUGCUGAUGUCAAUGCUUGUGCUCACGAUGGGUCUACCUCCAUUCACCGAGCCUGUCAUGAUGGUCUAUCUAAAGCAGCUGACCUUUUGAUUGAAGCCAACUGCGACGUUCAGAUACAGGAUCAGUUGGGACGGGCGCCCAUUCACUGGGCAGUUGUUUCACCAGCCCCUGAUUGUUUGAUGUUGCUGAUACAAAACUACGCCAAUGUAAACAUUCGUGACAUGGACGGUGCCUCACCAUGUAUGUGGGCUUGUCGUAUGGAUCACAUAAAACAUUUCGAAUAUCUAAGUCGUGUUGAAAAUCAGGUGAUUGACGAGGCAGAUGGGAUAGAAAGAGACAAUAGUGGUCGAACGUGGAUGCAUUGGGCAGUACGGAGGGUCGAACCACUCGAGUGUCUAAAAACGUUACUGACGGAACAAACAGCGCCAAUUAAAGAUGACGAUGGGAAGACAGUCAUGUUAUUAGCAGCUGAGCUUGGGUCUCUUGCUGCAUGUAAACUGAUCCUGGAGAUUGCCGGGAAAGAGUGUAUCAAUGAUCGGGAUGAUCAGGAUCGAUCGCCCUUGCAUUUAUGUGUGAUUGGAGGACAUGGUGAGGUCGCCAAUUAUCUGCUGGACAAAGGAGCUGACCUUGACACUAAGGACAAGUUUAAUGCGUCUCCAUUGGACUAUGCUAGGGGGCGCCAGUUGCAUUACUGUUUACUCAUACUGGCGUCGCACAUGCGUCAACGUGCCCGAGAAGGUCCUGGAAGGACGCCCGACUCCGAGAGAGGCAGUUUCAUGAAUGGAAUACUAACGAGGCGUUUGAGGCGUGUGCAUUCCGCACCUAAGAUUUAUAAGCGGCCAAAGCGGCAAAUUUGUUGGGAAAGUGCCAAGCAAACAAUACCGUUGCCCCCAAUAGGCCCAUCUGACAGCUUACCAUUACAUAAUAAUUUUACGAAUGAACCAGAUAUUCAGCAAUGCUAUAUUGAUGGACAAGAACAUGAAGUAAUUCAAGAAAACAUUCAUCAAAAUGAUAGCAGUGACACAAAUUUCAGUCCGAAUGAAAAUAAUGACGAAAUUAUUUGUGAUGAAGUUUUUGAUGAUGUUCAUGUUUCCACUGUCCAAAAUAGUAGCGAGUCUGAAGGGGACCUGGUUGAGGUGGAGGUUAACGAUGUACGUUUAGAAGUAGCAACGGACCCCACCAUGAUGAGCGACGGUUCCUACAAACCAAUCACGCCACCACAUCCGCCCAAAGCACCGCCUCCAACCACACCAAGAAAUUUCAAGCGCCCCCUGGUGCGAUCAAGCAGCCUGUCGAAGAGCGAUACAUUUGAGAGGAGUGAUCUACGCCAGGGAUUGGUCGAUCGACGGGCGAAAAGUUUGGAUGUGAGGGAUUAUGAGGAGCUCAAAGCUGCCAGGGGUUACUUGGGAACAGACUACGAAGAACCAAAGACAGCCAGGGAUGCUGAGAUGGAAAGCGAGGAGGAUCGUCAGGAACCUGAUUACGAAUCGCUCGAUACGGCACGUUGGGCAAAGGAGGACCGGUUGCCAAAUGGCGAUAUUCAGAUGGAAGAUGAGCAAGAUGAUCAUACUCUUGUUGAAGACAAGCCAGCAGGUAACCACCUUAAUGGUCAAAAUGGUGAUGUUGAUGAAGGUGUGAGUAUAGGUGAGAUGGAUGUAUCAGACUUGGAAGGCGAAGACUCCGACCAAGCCACAGUGAUUCACCGGCCCCAUGCCCGCCCCAAGCCAGGUCCACCGACGACCAUGAAGUUUCAGCCUCAUCCACCCCCACAAUCACCUAAUGCGCCACACCAAGCCCCACCAACCUUUGCCAAACCACAGGAACCUCCAACGCCAAGAGCUCACCCUCCACCAAAAUAUGUUGAACGGCCUGAAGAAGAGUAUCAAAACGUGUCACCCCCACCGAAGAAAACGCCGCAACCAGUACCUGCUCCACGUGGCAUGCCACUGCAGGGACGAAUACCCCCACCACGCCAUACGUCAUCACUUGCUAACCAGGCUCAAAACCAGAUGAGGCCAGUACCAAAGCAAGAUAUACGGCAGAAAUCACCGCCUUCGAAUAAACUCCGAGGACCGGUGCCAAAUCAGAGGUCACAUGGCAUGAUGGAUAGACGAUCGCCUCAUGGGUCACAUGAACUAAGUCAGCGGUCAUCGAGUCAGGCUUCAAGCCUUGAUGUGAAUUCACAUGAGCUUCAUGAUGAGGUCACGGAUCUGCUGAAACAUCCUGCUCAAGCUCCACUCACUCCCCCAGAGGUGAAACGUAAACCCCCACUACCUCCUCAACUGAUGCCUCUGAGUCAGCCUCGCAUGCCGGGCAGUCACAUCCAGUUACCUCCAGCCAAUAAAAGCAACAAGCGGAAGAAGAAAAAGAAGAAGGAGCGACAGUCCGAUGCUUCCAAUGAUUUGCCACCGGCAACCAAGGGUUAUACUGCUCCCCUACAGCCCCCGCCUUAUGGCAACCUGCAACCACAGGUGCGCAGUGCUAGCCUGCACAGACGAUCACAGGACCAACUAGGAAGAUACUCCCAGGAGGAACAGCUACAAUACGAUGACCACUACACGAAUGCCAACCGGCCAGCCGGGCCGCUUCCACCAUACUCAAGACAGGGCGACCCGAUGAAACAGCCGAGAAAUCUUGGCAGGUCUGGGCUGUUCCCUAUGGAGAGUGAAGAAAGUCUGGACACUAUUGGCACAGAUAGUAACACACAAGAUAACCAGUUUAACACUCCUGGCAUGCCUGGCUUCAGAGGGGGCAUGAACUCCUCAAGAUAUGCUGGUGCUGACCCAAUGGGCCCGAAAGAAAGAGGUUCAGGAUUUUUAUCACCUGAUCGGUCGAGAGGACAGAGGGCCAAGACUGCCAAGUAUGAGCUCGAGGAGGAGCCAUCCAACGUGCAAGUCGAAGGCCACAAGAUGAACUACACUCGCCAUCAGAACAUGCCGCCUGCUCACCUCUCCCACAUUUCACCUCCGCACCUGGCACCACCACCCCAUCAGUCUCCCGGAAGGAGAUCGGGUGGAUACUAGGACUAAGAAUGCUUUAUAUUAUGCAUACUUUUACUGUCUGCCUUUUGAAGUGAACUAGGGGCUCCCUUACAUCCAAGCAACAAAUUCAAGGGCAGCUCUGUUGCAACUGCUUAAGGGAAUGAAAACCAGCAUUGCUGAUUGAUCUUCUUUUUUUGGUGUUGGCUCUUAAUAGGCAGUCAUGUGUAUCACUCUGCAGUUACUACCAUGGCACCAUAAGGCCUGGUGACUCCAACUUGUCUUCAUUCAUUUUAGAAGUUGCCUGUGAGUUGUCCUGUAUUAAGUUGCUCUCGUAUGUGGCAGGGUUGAUGACUUUAUUUUCAACCUAGUUUGAAUGUAUUUGUUCAAACUGAUUACUGAUUUAUGGUUGAUUUUACCAUUCCCAGUCCAUCCAGUUCAUAUUGUGACUGCAAAUUUUAGCAAAAAUGUUAAUGAAAAUUUAUGUAUUUUUGGCACAAGCAUUCCUUUAAGCUCCCUACCAUUCCAUUUGGAAGACAAAACCAAUGUUGGGUUUGGCCAAAGCAAAUUCUAUUUUCACAAAACUUAGUUUUUAAUAACUGCAGGUUGUCUAUGCUAUUAAUUACUACAUUGUAUUGGGGUGUUGCGAUUAAUUUGACUGGGCAGGAUGUGAAUUUAGAUACAUGUAUGUCUGACAUGUCUGAGAGAAAAUUUUAAAACACAUUUUUCAGGGCUGGCUCCCUGUUAUAGUCCAUGAUGUUUGAGCAUUAUAUGAUCUUGCCUUUAGAUACAUUGUAUCAGUAUUUUCUAACUGAUUCUGCUCCGACAUUUGUCAUGAAAUUUGACCUGAAUGCCAAAAUAUUUUGGAUAAAUGUUUGGUCCUGUCCGUCCAUGAAUUUGUGUGGAGGCCCACAGACACACACACCGUCUCAUGAUUUUCGACAUGCACCGUGACUGUUCGGUACAGGAUACUUGUACCACAAUGUGUAUGUGCUACUUCUUUGUGAAUGUCAGUCUUGUUGUAACUUUAUUAACCAUGUUCCGUCCAAAACUAACCUGUAGAUUCAGCCAACCAGUGCCAGGGCUGAAAUGAGCCAUUUUUUCGUGAUCUCUCACUGUUUAGACACACCGCUGUUGUGUUAAAUGUAAUUGACUUGGGGUUUUUCGAGAAAAAAAGUUAGAUAUUUCUUAUGACCAAAAUUUCUGCAUGUACAGCUGCUGCAUCAUUUUAUGAAUCAUCGGAAUUUAUUAUAUGUUCUUUCAUAAAACAGUUGCCAAUCACAGUGAAUAUAUCCAGUUACAGGCUACACCAGAUGCAAAGGAUCUUCUACUGAGAGGUGAACACAGAGCAUUUCACCACAGUUCAUUUGAGAAAAGAUGGGGGUGGUCUGUUGUGGCCCUGAAUCUGUAUAUUCACAGUGAUUGGUCACCGUGUUUCUCUUUUGAAGAACAAAUAGCAGCAUGAGGUCAUCUUGCCAUCACCUGUGAUUCUUUGACCAAUUCUUGACCUUGAUACACCUAUACAAGAGCACAAGAAUGACAACUUUGAUCAGUGCCGUCCAGAAAACUUGUUAAACCAAUCCAUAUAGCUAUUUAAGUUGGCUUAAUGUACAUUGAGAUUGUUGAAUGAUUUACAAUUAGAACCACUCAACCAGUAUGUUUCUUGUUAGAUAUGAUAAAAUAACAUAUUUAUUUACAACGUAUAUAUAUUUCACUUAAAACAGUAUGAUUCACUCAUUGAAUAGUAUAAUUCACUAAGUCUCUGUUAUAGCAUACUGUUGUUUUAUAUUGUGUACAUAGAAUUUUUAUAUAUCAUGAACUAUUUUCAUAUAUCUAUUAUGUCAUGUUUAAUACUGAAAUAGUCAGGUGUAUCUGCAUUGUAAAUCUUUACUGUGAGGACUACAUAUUGCCCUAUGUAUUGGCUUCCCGUGGUUUUCCUUGAAGAAGAGCAACUAAUGUCAUGUGUACUGUGACUACAAUACAAGUCAGUUUUCCUCCUUGAGUAAAAUGAAUGUCUGUGUCUCGGAUUGUAUGACCUUGAUUGAUAUGGUCUUAACUGGGUUUACAUGAUUUGUUAAACAGAAAUUGAUAUUGUUGAUAAUCGAUUCAUUUUCACAUUAUCAGUUUUAGUGUACAUGUAGAUAUAUUCUCAUGUUAAAUUUAUCAAUAGGUUUAGCAAAUUUUAGUUAUUUUUAGAACAUAGUUCCUUGUCUUGGUUUUGUUCCAAUUAUGUCUCCAUCUCCAGUACCUUUUCUUUCACCCACUUUUCCAGUCUUCCAAUUUCGCUUCAUAUUUCAAAGGAAGUUACUUGAAUUGAUUGUCCCAGGUUUGAUAUAUCUGUCUUCUAAGGUGACUUCAAUGAAAUCUAAAGUUCAAUAUGAUAAUUUCUAUUAUCCCUUAGUGAAAUUCAAACCUUGGCCAAUCUGUUUAUUUAUGGCUUCCUAUAGUCUCACAUCAUCAAUUAGUCCAGCAGACAAACAUAUAGAUUCCAUUGUUUGGGAUCACCAAUCACCUCAUCUUAGCUGCUAGUUCUUUUGGGGACCUCUUCUUCUCAUGCAUUCUCAACGUUAGAUGGACAGUCCUGUUCUAGUGACAAAUGCUGUCUGAAUGUGGGAACCAAAUGGGAUCAGAUAUAUUACAGUAAAACCAUGAUUGCCAUUAAUGCCACAGUUAUACCUCAUGACACUGGAAGGCUGGAUUCAUUGUAUGUGUGGGUUGUUAUUCUCUUUAUUUUCCAAAACCUGUUUGUAAAAAACGUACAUCAAUAACUUUUGAAGUUGGAGUGAACACUUAUUUGUUCGUAUACACCAAUGUAUACUGAAUAUCGGUGUUCAACACCAACUUAAAAAUCACGCACUCAAUACAAACUGGAUGUAAAUAUAUACAUGUACUAUGGACCAAUACCAGUUUUUUUGUAUGAUGUUAUAACUCUAUCAGGAUUCCUGCCUCCCUCCUGUCAUUGGGAAAAUCAUUUAGAAAUUGUACGACUUUGUAGGUUGACAGUGAUAAGAGGUUAUUUUUACCUCCUAUUUAUACAGGAGGGUGUUCUUUUGGAACCACAUUUUGUAGAACUAGAUUAAAGAAAUAAAGAGGAUUUUUAAAGAUAUAU